CGUACAUCCGGCGGUGGGUCAGGCGGAACAAAGGUUCUGGAAUCGAACUCGUCUCUGCUCCGUGUGGUUCCUCCGCGCUGAAGAUGGGGGAGGCGGACGUGACGCUGAAUCAGACCGAUGAGAAGCCCCCGGACUCGGCGCUGGUCCCCGGGGAGGACUCGGUGGUGUGGAGCCACGAGGUGGAGGUCUGCCUGUUCCACGCCAUGAUCGGACACAAGCCCGUGGGUGUGAACCGUCACUUCCACAUGAUCUGCAUCCGAGACAAGUUCAGUCAGAACAUCGGACGCCAGGUCUCCUCCUCUGUCAUCUGGGACCAUCUGGGGACCAUGUACGACAUGCAGGCUCUGCACGAGUCAGAGAUUUUACCAUUUCCAAACACAGAGAAGAGUUUCUCUCUGCCUGAUGACAUCAUCCAGGAAGUGAAAGAAGGGAAGCUGGGCUCGGAGGAGGAGAGCAGAGAUGAGUUCAGGAUGGAGAGAGAACCUCCAGCGACACAUGAAGAAGGCAGCAACUCGUCGGUGAAGAUGUCCGAGCGAACGAGCAGCAGCCGGGACAAGGAGAGAGAGCGAGACAAGGAGAAAGGAGGGAGCGAAGGAGGUGGAGGUGGAGGAGGAGGAGCGAAGGAGGCGGAGAAGAGGAAGAGGAGCCGUGCGGCUGAGAAACUGCUGUCGUCUUCCAACCCUGCGAGUCCGGGAGGAGUCAAGAGGAGACGCACCUGAGGGACGGAGAGAGAGAGAGGGACAAGGGGGGAGGGGUGAAGGAGGAAAAAUGAACAAGUGAAGACGAAGAAGGUGGCAUCAAACCUGUGAGCUUUGUGUCACCUGACCAUUUGCUGUCCGGUCGCAGUGCCGCCGACAUGAGUGACGUCACCACGGAGAGAAAAAACCACCAUGAACGCCUGUUACCGCUCCGUGGCCUCUGAUUGGCUGAUUCAUCGCCCGUCACAGUUUUCCAUCAUGUGAUCAGAGUGGGAGGAAGUGACACGUGUGGACGUCACAGCUCUUGAUUUUUUUAUUUGUGUUUUUAUUAUAUUGUUGUUUUAGAGAAGAAGAGUUGUUUUAAAGUCAGUUUUGUUUUUUAGUUUCCGUUCGAUUCGCUCGAAGAAUCAACUGAACGUCGUCAGACGAUGAAAUACAAACAUCGUGAAGUCAGCAAACGUCAGAGUCGACUCGACGUGCUUUCAAUCUCACAAUAAUUAAAUUGUUGAUAAUUCAAACAUUUUAGGUUGAAUAUAAGCGUCUGUCGCGCUCUGUAACUUUUUAAUUUGUCCGUGUGUGGGCGGGGUUUAAGUCACGUGAAGGUUGUGACGUCGAUCUGAAACGUUCGAUUCUCCACGAUGCUAACGACGUCACAACGUGUUCUUUUAUUUCACACUUUCUUCUCUGGUCAGAACCUCGUGCCUACGUUACCCAGUGUGCAGUUCUGCUGUUGUCUCAGUACUGAUGUGUCCUGAAGCUUCUGUCCGACGCCACGUCACCGACUGCAAAUAAAGAUGGACGACGCAUCUCCACUUCCUCUCACUGUCCAGAAGUGAAGCCAAAAUAUCUCAGAAACGAACGCUGCCAUCUUUGGCAAAAAUGUAUUUAACGUUUACUUUUUAUUUUGUUGGUCCGUGUCCCAUCUGCUAACGUGGUGAAGGCAGAGUUAAUGACCUACACUGCUGCCAGCCACCAGGGGGAGUUUAAGGGAAUUUGGCUUCACUUUUAUAGAGCUGUCACGUCCUCCAUCUUUAUUUACGCUCAUGUCCAGAGAUGCUGAAGUCACCUGGAGACGAGACGUGCGUGACUGGCGUCAACAGACUUGUUCACGUCAUCGGUCACAGACCUGAACGCAAAUGGACAGACGUACGACAGACGUACGACAGACGUCCGCGCAGUCAGAGCAGCGACACACCUGAUGUAGCGUUUAGCCAUAGAAAACGUAUCUUCCAGUUUGUUACAGACCUCCAUAUCGACAGCGGCCAUCUUGGUCGUUCUAGAAAGCAGUUGAGUGACGCUCGUCCGUCAGUCAUCGUAUCGAACCCUCAGAUAAACGGUGAUUAGUCUCAGUGAAGAGUUUCUGUCCCUGGGUUCUGUCUGUGAGGUCGUUGCUGUUCCUGCAGACGAAGCUGAGGGCAGAGACGUGUCCGUUCACCUCCGGUUUUAAAAGCAUCUUUGGAUCCGAGCGUCGGUGGAGAAGAUCCCAGCAGCUUCUCACCAACAUGAACCUCUGAAGCUUCACGUCAUGAAGAUGUGUGACUGUUCACUGUUCGAUUCCAGAGUCUCUUCUGUGUGCAGAUGAAUUCAAGUGUCCACGGAUAGUGAGCAGAAAACUCUCUGAUCAAUAUCCUUUAAAAAGAUGGUCUCUUUUUUUUAAACGUCAUGUUAUUUAUUGAUGGAUGAUGAGCUCAUACAUGAGUCUGUUUGUGUCAUUAAAGCUGAACUCAGAUCA